UGAAUGCUUUGACGUGGAAUGUUUCCGCUUUGUGAUUCGGGGGAGGAUUUGCAGCUGAUGUUCAGGUGGAAUUGGGUCUUUAAUAAAACGGAAUCUGAGUAGUUGUUAUCUCCUAGUUCUCAGACUGACCGUCAGAACGCAGCUUCUGAUACGUUUUUGGUGAAACCAUGAUCAAAGCCAUCCUAAUAUUUAACAACCAUGGCAAACCCCGGCUUUCCAAAUUUUACGAACACUAUAGUGAAGACACAGAACAACAAAUAAUAAGAGAGACAUUCCACUUAGUCUCAAAAAGAGAUGAAAAUGUAUGUAAUUUCCUGGAAGGUGGCAUGUUGAUCGGAGGAUCAGACAACAAGCUUAUUUAUAGACAUUAUGCUACACUCUAUUUUGUGUUUUGUGUGGAUUCAUCAGAAAGUGAAUUGGGUAUCUUGGACCUGAUACAGGUAUUUGUAGAAACACUUGACAAAUGUUUUGAGAACGUCUGUGAGCUGGAUUUAAUUUUCCACGUUGACAAGGUUCACAACAUCCUGGCUGAGAUGGUGAUGGGAGGAAUGGUACUGGAGACGAAUAUGAAUGAAAUUGUUACACAGGUUGAUGCCCAAAACAAAAUGGAGAAGUCAGAGGCUGGUCUAGCAGGGGCUCCGGCAAGGGCUGUGUCUGCUGUAAAGAAUAUGAACCUUCCUGAAAUCCCCCGAAAUAUUAAUAUUGGAGAUAUCAGCAUAAAAGUGCCAAAUCUGCCCUCCUUUAAAUAAUGUGGCUGCUUCCAGUACACUGCUUCACCAAUGUUUACGAUGCAAUUUGUUUACCAAAUCAAAGAAACAUAUUUAACUUUUAUCAGAGAAAAAAAAUUGAAGGUACUGUGUGAUUCUUUUUGUUUUGUGUUAUGGAAAAUGAAUGUUAUCUGCCUUGCUUUUUUCUUUAAAAGUAAUUUGAGAGUUCUUACACUGUUUCUUAAUUACACUCCUCUGCCCCUGAAAAGGCAUGUCAUUGUCUUGGCUGCUACAGUAUUUUAAAAAUACAAAAAAGUGUUUAAAAUAUUUCCUGGACUUUGUAAAAACAGUUAUAACAAAUUAUUCUUAUAUAAAUCAAUCUGUUUUUUAUAUGUAGAUGUAUUUUUUCCUUCAUUUUUUCUUUGCUGUUUUACUUCAAUCUUUGCAUGUAGGGGGUUGUUUUUGUUGUUACUGCAGAACAAUAAAGUAUUCAAACAUUU